UCACCCGCAUUCUAUCUAUAAAGGCGAGCAGACGGCUCGAACGUUCAAGCAAACUCGCAAGUACUCUCCCCAUGGCAGCACACAUCAAUACGCUCCCCUCAGAUCCCUCAGCCCUGAAACAAAUGGAGAAGCAAAUUCUCAAAGAAGGGAACGCUGAAGCCCAUCAAGUGAAACACGCUCUCAAAGAUGUCGAUGCGUCAGAGAAGGCCGCUACAAAAGCCCAGAAGUCUCUCAACAAAGAGGAGAAGAAGAACGAGAAGCUGAACAAGCUAGAGAUGAAGGCCGCCAAAGAUCUCAACAAGGCAACUCAUCGCCACGACACGUUGUUGAACGAUAUACAGAGCUCUGAGAGAGAUCUGAAGCUCAAACACCAGCAAGACGUAAAACUGCACGCCGAUCUCGAACAGAAGAAGCUGCAGGCUGAGGAGCUGGCAGCGUUGCAGAGGAAACAUGAUGAUGAGAGGGAACAGAAAUUGAAAGACAUCCGUGAGGCAGCAGGCGGAAUUUCGUAGUACUGUAGUUCUUUCAUGAUAGCUGUUAUACAGUUGCGCAUGUAACCGUGUUAUCAUACUUUCCAUUCGUUCUAAGUUGCGGGAAAGUAGUUG